AUGGUUUUGGAAGCUGGUUCAAAUCCGAUAGAAACAAUCAAACACCCUGAGGAAUUCGACACAAUGUUGAAAACAGUUUUAUAUCCUAAAGAUUUCGAUUCAGUCUCGGGUUGGAUACCCGAUGUUGGCGAUGGAAGUGUUUUAAAAGAACCGGUAAGAAAUGUUGCAAAUGAUGCUGAUUUAGAUAGAGUGAGAGUUGUUGCUCGAAACACAAUAGAAAGAGUAUCACGAGCAGCUAAUCAGGGAUUUGAAAAACGAGUACUUCAGUAUAAUAAUAUUGUUGAGAAUAAUAGUUGGGGUAAUUACGUAAAUUGGAAAUUAUAUCGUUUAUUCGGUCUGUUGGAACACAGAAAGGUUUCCAUAGGGUUACCAUAUAAAAUUCAUCUACAAAGAGAAAUCAACGACGAUAAGAUAUUGUUUGGAGAGAAUGGUUCGGAUGCAAAAUUAGAAAUAACGAAUCUCCAACUUUUCAUACCCGUAAUAACACCAUCAAUUGAAGUAGAAACGAGAAUAUUCAACUCGUUAACUAAAGAUAUUGAAAUAGCUUUUCUUCAUCGUAAUACGGUAGAAGCAAAACAUUUAAUUAAAAUAGCAGAUAGAAGAAUGAUAAGAAUUAUACAGAAAAAUACACUCUUAAAAAUGAAAGUAGAAACUUUAGUUAUGAAAAUGAUAGAAGCUAUUGAAACAGCUUCACCAACUGUAAUAACUUUCAACGGUAAAAAAAUCAGCAUAACUAAAAAACUUAUUGAUAAAUACAAAUAUUGUAAAGUCAGAGACGAUAUAGAUUUAGAAAGAAUUGAUACAAAUGUAAAAAAAGGUGGAUUUUUACCUUUCCUUUUACCUUUAAUAUUUGGUGGUAUUGCGGCGGCGGGUGCAGCUACUGGAGGAAUAUCUGCCGCAGUCAAAGCUGCCAACGCAAAGAAAGCAGCUGAUGCUAAAGCCGCUGAAGAACGCAGACAUAAUUUAAUAAUGGAAAAGGAAGCCAAAGGUUCAGGAGUGGGAGAAAUGAUAGGCACAAUAAAAGAAUUUGGAAAAAGAUUUCGGGAAGAAAGCAAGAAAACUGUUAAACAAGGAUUAAAUAAAUUAGUAGAUAGUAUUGACACGGGAGAAGUCAAAGUCAAACAUAAGGGUAAUGGAAUAUUUAAAAAAAAUAUACACACUGGAGAAGGAAUAUAUCUUUCAAAGUAUAAAAGAGAAAUAGUGAUUUUUGGAACAAAUUGA